UUUUCUUUUUUCUUGGCAAUUCAAAGUAGUUAUUGAUAACCAAAAAAAGAAGGUACAAACUAAGGAUGAACAGAGCAACAGACUGCUCCUAAAACAUCCAAACAAGCUUCACUACUACAUCAUAGUGAGGCUAGCUCAACACCGCCAAUUUCAUCAUUGACCUACUCUUAAUUUAGAAAGACAAAAAUACACAGUAGGAAGCAAUGACUGCUCUACUUGUACUAAUGCUCCUUUCUUGCUUCAUAGAAAAAUCUUUUUCCGCUACAAAUACCAUCAAUGCCACAGAAUUCCUAAAGGACCCUGAAACUAUGAUAUCCAAAAACAACAUUUUCACUCUUGGAUUCUUCAGCCCCCCUAAUUCCUCGAAACGUUAUGUGGGCAUCUGGUACAGUAUGCCUUCUGUAAGAGAUGUCGUCUGGGUAGCUAACAGAAACGAACCACUAAAUGAUUCUUCUGGGGUUUUCAAGAUAUCAAAAGAUGGCAAUCUCCAAGUACAUAACAGUAAAAAUGAAAUUCUUUGGUCCUCAAAUGUCGCAAAUUUAUCAGGUGGUGAUGAUUUAUCUGCCCAGAUUACGGAUUCGGGUAACCUUGUUCUGCAAAGCACAGAGGAGAUCGUGUGGCAGAGCUUCGAUCACCCUACAGACGCUUUCUUGCCAAACAUGAAACUCACCAUCACCAAGCAUGGAAGCCAAAAUAAACCAUUUCAGUCCUGGAAAAGCCCUUCAGAUCCAUCUGGUGGGCAAUUUACAGCAGGCAUUGACACUUAUACGCUACCCCAGCUUGUAGUCUGGGAUGGGGAUCGCCUACACUGGCGAAGUGGUCCAUGGAAUGGAAACUUUUUCAUUGGAAUACAAUUUAAUUUCAUAGACUUCAUCAAUGCUCAACUCGUGGUAUCUAGUGACAGAGAGGGGACCGUCACUACACAAUACUUCUACCCAAACACGUCUCUACUAUCAACCUAUAUGUUGAGCACAGAUGGAAAAUUCAUACAAAUAUGGUGGGAUGACAGAGAAAGGAAAUGGGAGGUGGAGUGGCAGGUUCCUGCAACAGACUGUGAUAUCUACGGCAAGUGUGGAGCAUUCGGAACUUGCAACCCACAAAGACCAAUAAUUUGCCAGUGCUUACAAGGGUUUGAGCCCAAGAAUAUAGCAGAGUGGAGCAGAUGGAAUUGGAGCGAUGGAUGCAUCAGAACAACUGAGUUGCAGUGUGAGAGAGGAUUUGGUAAAGAAGAUGGAUUUUUGAGGAUGAAGAUGAUGAAAGUGCCAGAAAACCCUGACUGGAGAUUAGGUUUGAAUCAAGAUAAAUGCAGAAGCCAAUGCUUAAGUAACUGCUCGUGUUUGGCAUAUGCAUAUAACACUGGUGUUGGUUGUAUGACAUGGGGUACAAGCUUAAUUGACAUACAAGAAUUCUCAGUAGGUGGAGUGGAUCUCUACCUCCGUCUAGCGCAUUCAGAGCUAGGUACUAAUAACAAGAAAAGAGUAAUUGCAGUAGUGAUAGUAAGCUUUGUAGGAACGGCAGCAAUUACUAUACUAAUAUGCUUUCUAAAGAGGCAAAGUGCUCAACAUCAAGAUGACAAAAAGAAAAUGUUCAGUUACAUGAUUACUGACCAGAAGAGCAAUGCAAAACUUGAAGAGAUUCCCCUGUUCAGAUUUGAAGCACUCGCAGCAGCUACAAACAAUUUCCAUGAAAAUAACAAACUAGGACGAGGUGGCUUUGGUUCAGUAUACAAGGGAAAGCUGGAAGAUGGACGAGAAAUAGCUGUCAAACGACUUUCAGGAUUCUCUGCACAAGGCCUAGAAGAGUUCAUGAAUGAAGUGAAGAUUAUUUCAAAACUGCAGCACCGUAAUCUGGUCAGACUUCUGGGCUGUUCUAUUGAAGGGCAAGAGAAGAUUUUGGUUUAUGAAUAUAUGGCAAACAAAAGCUUGGAUGCAUCUCUUUUUGUUGCAGAAAAGCAAAAGAAAUUAGACUGGAACACAAGAUUCAACAUUAUUCAAGGGAUAUGCAGAGGCCUCCUGUACCUCCACAGAGAUUCUAGAUUAAGGAUCAUCCAUCGAGAUUUGAAGGUGAGUAACAUUUUGCUAGACGAAGAACUCAAUUCAAAAAUUUCAGAUUUUGGAAUGGCAAGAAUUUUUGGAGGCAACCAAGAUGAAGCUGACACUAGAAGGGUGGUUGGGACAUAUGGUUACAUGUCUCCUGAGUAUGCAAUGGAAGGGAUAUUCUCUGAGAAAUCAGAUAUAUUUAGCUUAGGAGUUCUAUUGCUGGAGAUUUUAAGCGGAAAAAGAAACAGCAGUUUCUCAGAUGAUGAGCAUUCCUUGAGCCUCAUAGGAUAUGCAUGGAAUUCAUGGAAUGAGAAGAGCAUCAGACCACUGAUUGAUCCAAUAAUUUUUCAGCCUCAGCAUGAAAAAGAGAUUAUGAGGUGUGUACACGUCGGACUGUUGUGUGUGCAAGAAUUUGCAAAAGAUAGACCAGACAUACCUACUGUAAUCGCUAUGCUAUACGGGGAGAUUUCAGAUCUUCCUUAUCCAAACAGACCAGGCUUCACUUUUAUUACCCAUGACACCAUCUCCUCUGAACAGAAUUCCACCAAAAACUAUAUAUCUGUUACAGAGAUAAGUGGUCGUUAA